GAAGAUCGAUACACAAAUGGAAACAUGCUACACUUAGCAAACAUGUCUUGCUGAACAGAGACCACAUAGGCAGUUGACCCCAGGUGCCUGGACGAUGAGGUGGAAAGGGCGUGUCAUCUCAGAAACCAAUCACCAGGGCCCUCUAGCCGUACUUAUCCACGGGUCCAGGAGGUCAGUUCGUGUUUUUGGCUGUGUCUCUUGCCACCAGCACCCACCAAGAAGCACAAAAUGACAUCAUACACUGACAAAGGAGAAAAGCCAGAGAGGGGGCGAUUUGUAAAAUUUCAUCAUAUAACCUUCUGGGUUGGAAAUGCCAAGCAGGCAGCUGUAUUUUACUGUGACAAGAUGGGCUUUGAGCCCCUGGCCUACAAGGGCCUGGAGACAGGCUGUCGGGAGGUGGUGUGCCAUGUCCUCCGACAGGAUAAGAUAUUCUUCGCUUUCGAGUCAGCGCUGAACCCAGGAAAUGAAGAAAUUGGGGAGCACUUGAUGAAGCAUGGGGAUGCUGUCAAGGAUAUAGCAUUUCAGGUGGAGGACUGUGAUUUUUUAGUGCAGAAAGCUAAAGAACGAGGCGCGGUGAUCGUUAAAGAGCCUUGGGUGGAGCAAGAUGGAUUCGGCAAAGUGAAAUUUGCUGUUGUGAAAACUUACGGUGACACGACACAUACAUUUAUUGAGUACCUGGGACCCUACAAAGGUCUCUUUCUACCUGGAUACAAAGAACCCCUCUUCAAGGACCCUUCGCUAUCUAAACUGCCGCCAAGCUGUCUGAGAUUCAUUGAUCACAUUGUGGGAAACCAGCCAGACAACAAAAUGGAGCCAGUAUCAGACUGGUAUCAGAAGUGCCUGUUGUUCCACCGCUUCUGGUCGAUAGAUGACACCCAACUCCACACACAGUACAGCUCCCUGAGGUCCAUUGUGGUCACCAACUACGAGGAAACUAUCAAGAUGCCCAUUAAUGAGCCGGCCCAGGGGAAGAAGAAAUCCCAGAUCCAGGAGUAUGUGGACUACAAUGGUGGGGCCGGAGUGCAGCACAUCGCUCUCAACACCUCAGACAUCAUCAAAGCAGUUAUCAACCUGAAAAAUCGUGGGAUGGAGUUCCUGGCAGCUCCUGACUCUUACUACAGCUCCCUACGCGAGAAGCUCAAGACGGCAAAGAUCAAAGUGAAGGAAGACAUCAACAAACUGCAGGAACUGAAAAUCUUGGUGGAUUUUGAUGACAAGGGCUACCUUCUCCAGAUCUUCACCAAACCCGUACAAGACCGACCUACUCUCUUUCUGGAAGUUAUUCAGCGACACAAUCACUUUGGCUUUGGGGCAGGGAACUUCCAGUCUCUUUUUGAAGCCAUAGAGAAAGACCAGGACGCCAGAGGCAAUCUGACAGUGUUGACUCCAGACGCACAACCCAAGGCGUUUUACUAGCGCUCCCUGCUAACUCAGACCCGUCCAAAUUGGCAAUAAAUUCAAUGCAAAUGGUG